AAUCAACUCAACAUAUCUCAAAAACCCGUCAGUCAUGUCCAACAGUGAACUAAUCGAAGGCGCGUUGGACGAGUUGUUCGUUAAGGAAGUGGCCAGUGUGGUGAAACUGGUCGGCACGCUGCCGGAAAAGUACAAAAUCAUGCCCACCUGCACCCUCUGGCUUAACAUUUUCCAACUGGCGACGCACAAAGAGCGCUUUGCCCGGAACUACAUGCUGGUCCUCCUGCACAAGCAGCUGAAUAGCCGAAGAACCUUGGGCUAUCCCUUUACGGAUUCCAGCUGCGCCCAAAAGGACCUGUGCACUCUGCAGGAGAAGAUGCGACAGUUAGAUAUCAGAGGGGAGCUCACGGAUGGCGACGAGGAAGUUAAAACGUUUGAGGACAAGUCCAUUUGCUUUAGCUCUGGCGAGAACUUGGAGUUUGAGAACAGAAAGUUAAUGGACAUCAAUGUGGAUUUGGCCAACGACCUACAGAGCCUCAAGAAACAGUAUGCAGAUUUGGAAGAGUUGCGCGAGGAGAACGGAAAGGCUUUUCAAAUACAAAAUGAGCAGUUGAAACUCCUUGAAAAGGAAACGCGCUCCAUGAAACGAAUCUUCAGUAUCUCUGCAAUCACCGCCCUCAAACAGAUGUGCUGCUCCCACCUAACCACAAAGGAAUCCUUCUUCGGCACCCUGUUGAAAUCCGUCUGCGAGAAAGAAUCUGAUAUUGCGAAGGUGAAUCAGAUGGAAAGUCAAUUCAGAAGCUUGCUUAUCGGCCAUUCGAACUAUUAUCAGAAGAAACAACAGGAUAUGUUAAUAGAGAAGACUAGCGAUAAAUAUGACAAGUUGCGCGAUAAGGUUAGCAAGAGGUACAAGAAAGUUAUCUCCAUGAAACUAGAUGCCCAGGAGCACGAGCUAACCUUAAGCGCCAUGCGCUAUCUGACCAUCUUGCGCAAAUUAUUCCUAAGUACUUUCCCCGGAAAAGCAACAACCAAAAAGGAAGUGUCCAAAUUUCUGCAACGAAGUCACGACGAACUAGCUGAGAUGCUGUAGCGAUCGUAGAUUGUCUUACCUGGGUAUCAGACGUUCACAUUGCAACAUGUGCUCCAGAUUGAGAAUUUGAUCUGCAAUUAAGUUAUAUUUUGUUAAGCCGUUUUAUACAAACUAAAUAAAAAUAGAGUUUCAAACUUCA